AUGUACAUUUUCAUCAAGAAAUGUACAUGCCGAUAUACGGUUCCGAGCCCAUUGAUACUGCGCCGGAUGAUCAGUUCGUCCGAAGUGGCGACCGCCCUCCGGCCGUUCUACUUUGCCGUGCAUCCGGAUCUGUUCGGGCGCUAUCCACAGCAAAGGCAAGUGAAUGAAGAUUCGCUAAAGCUGCUCAGUGCCCACCUGGAAUCGUUGCUCAGCCAGAAACGUAUACUUCCCUCAACACCGCGAACACUUCCAUUCUACAUCCGUGCGUCGAAUGCUCCUCAAGACCGAGGUACAUUUAAUCUCGUGAAGGUACCGCUCGAACGUACCAUCGAUACUAAGCUAGUCCUACGGCGUAUACUCGAAUCCUGCAACCUGCCGAAGGAGUUUGUGGACAAGAUGCCUUCAGCUAAAAAUAGCUCAUCAAAUCAAACAGCGUCCAGCACGUACGAGGAAGGGUUUCAGCAGCAAUAUCAGCAAUCAUUUUAUUACCGGAAACGAUCGGAGCAUAAUUUCGGCAGGGACGACGAUGACAACCAAGACGAUUCACCCUUCGAAAAAGAGUUUGAUUUGUUUCAGUUCAGGAUUAAGAAAGUGCGCGAAAACGAAACACUCAAGAAAUGGCUUCGAAAGCAGGUCGUCACCGCAACGGUACGCACGAAAGCUGUCCAGGAACUGCAGGAAGAAGUUGAAAAACUUCGGGAGGAUGUGACGAAACGGUUGGGAUUGCGUGAGAUAAUUUACGACUGUGGCUGGAAUGUGGAACACUUUCGCGGUUGCUUGAAAAGUCUGGAAAAGCUGGCUGAAUUGCAUCCAGGUGCGUUGGAUGGAUUGAAGGAUCGAACGGUUGUGUUUGCGGCGUUCACUGGUGUUAGUCUGGAAGGACACGUGAUGCUUUUCACCGGCGAUGUACAGCGGAACUGGUUGGAACUUAUCAAGACGAUCGACAAGCACGACAGCUACCUGAACAAAUUGCCCGCGUACGAGUAUGCUUUGUCUCAAGUGCUGCGUAACAUUCGUAUCGGACGACGAAAGUUUAUGCCCAAAGCGCAAGCCAUGGCGUACGCAUCGCAUCUGCGCAAAAUAACGACCGCACUAUUGGAUUAUCUCGGUAAAUCCAAGUUCCCCAAGUCGUGGCCCACCGAUCUGUCACAGUUUGAGCUGGUGGUCGAAUCGGAAGCUGGCCCACUGAUGGUGAGCCCGACCGGGCAGCUAAUUGUACCGGCGACCUGUCCCGGUUCGUUGUUGGUAGAUUUCCUCACCAACCAUCUGGCGGAAGCACUCGAAAAGCAAAGUUCAUACGAUCGACAGAAGCACAUCGAGCGAGAUCUGCACGCACGCUGCGUGGCACAGUUUCGGUUGCUGUCACUCACGAAGGACGAUUCCGUCACGCCGGACCGAAUGAUCGAGUGUCUGGAAAAGCUGUUGGCGCAAGGAACGAAAGAUAGUCUAGAGCUGGCCGAUUUGAAUCUUACCAUUACGACGUACUACUCAGUGCUUACGGAUGGGACGGUUUGUAUACCGUGGGACUGGAAGCAAUAG